GGGAGUGUAUACAGUUCAGUUGUUGGUAAAGUUUUUUGUCAUUUGAAACCGUGAAGUCAAGGUUCAGUUUUUAUAUAAACAGUUAAAAAACAGUUAGAUUGUGAUGAAACUGUUAAAAGUCGAAUUUUAUAUUAUGUUUGUCAGUGUGACCUUUGAAGUUCGAAGAGGCAAGUGAAAUUUUCCUUGACGUGCAGCUUCAGCGACAGUCGAACAGGCGAACGAUGGACGAACGCACGCGAGCGAUCUCAUUCGCGAACUGCUACUUCGCGCUGGUCGAUGGCCUCGCUUCCGGUCUGGACAGCCACCUGGCCGAGGACGUGGUCCUCGAUUGGUUCGGCAGAACGGUCCGCGGCAGGAGGAACGUGGCCGCUUUCAUGGAGGCGCACAAAGUGAACAGCAGGCACGUGUUCAAGAGUAUCGCGCCCAGCAGCGGCGUCAGUUACGAAGGAAAAUCGUCGAAUCGGGAAAAAGACUUUUCGUAUCGGAGCCUCGAUGACCGAGAGACUUCGAAGAUCGACGUCAAUACGGAUAACGGCGACGAUUGCGCGAAAAACCGUGCAGAAAUCAACGAGACGGAUUUCCUGGAGACGGAUGUGUCUGCGGCUGUUGACGUCACCAGGGAUUUGAAUCAGAACGAAAUUGAUCCGAUGAAAACCGCCGCCGCGAACGAAGAGGACGCCGACGUGUUUCACUAUCUGAGCGAGGGCGAUCUCAGCAAUCUUUUCAAGCUGAAGAUCUCGGAGACCGACACAGAGGAGAUCGAGCGGAGCAUUAAUAGGAUAAAAUUGGAGGAGGAAGUGGCACCAACUGUCAAAGCCGUCGAGAGAGAGCGCGGCCAAGGAGAUCGGCCUGUUAUCGUCGAGACCGGGACGGUUAAGUACGUCGAAGCCCAGGGCGAGAUUGAACUCUCGCGGAAAGCUUGGAAACAAGAUGCCUGGAACUCGUAUGUCUCGGCCACGUCUAACCUUCAAAGAUGGCGGCGACCCUGCAAGUUGCAAAUCGCGUACUCCACGUUAACGGAACGGCCGGCCUCGGAGUCCUCGCAUAAAAGAAAAAACAGCGGGACGUAUUUCAGUCCGCCGAAAGCUAGGCUGCUCAGCUUAGAGGAGAUCAACGAGAUCAGCGACAGAUUGGUGCCGAACAAAAACGACUUCAACGGGUUCCUGAAGGACUUCGACUUCUUCAAGGAUCGCAAAGGCUUCCUGGCGAAUUUGGAAACCGAAUUGGCGGCGAAAGAUCCUCUUACGCCUCUAAUUGUCCCCAGGUAUAUAGAGGACAAGCUCGUCUUCAGCAAACCUCGCAUCGACGUGGACGAUCGCAAUGAUUUGAACAAGACGGAGUUCGUUUUCAAUUAUCAAAUCCACUUGAUCAUAUACGAAAGUAAGAGCAAGGCCAAAGUGCGCUUUGCUCGGGAGUCGGAAGAGAAGAAGGUAACGGAGGAAGUUUCAGAAGCUAAAGAUCAGUAAAUUUCAUUUUCAUCUUUGAAGAUUGAUUUAAUCAAAAAAUUGAUUAACCCUUUGCACUCGAGAGGUGACUCCGAGUCACCAUUCGAUUUGACACUGCAAAACUAUGAAGUGAAUAUUUAGUAUUUUAAACGAAACUUUCUAUUGCUAUGUGAAAUAGAAAAAUAGCUUUGUUGCUUAAUUUAUCUGUGAAUUAUCGUUGAAUUAGUUCCAAACGAUAUCGACUAUAUCUCGUUGGAAAAUGUUGAAUGUUUCCAGGCAAAAGCUUUCGAGUGCAAAGGGUUAAAGUAUAUCUACUUUGUGUUUCGUUCGUUUAUACAGCAUCGGGAAAUUACUUUUCGAGGUGUUUUUUGCGCAGGACUAAUGUCAAGGUUGUUUCUUUUUAAUUUACUGUCACGGAUAGUUAAGUAAGUAAACGAUCACGUUUACGCUAGCGGAACACUCGCAAAAAAAGAGUGUUCGAGACCCGCCAGCCGUAUCUGUUACAAGUCGGAGUUUUAUACGACUGUUUUUUUUCUGAGCGUAUACAUUUUUACGUUCCGCUAUCGUGUUUAUUGGAUGAUCUCAUAUUCGCUGAUAGCCGGGCGGUGUUUGAACAAUGAAAUCGUUAAGGUACACCGCUCGGAUUCGUUUAAUAUUUACUGUGAUUGCUGAUUUAUUUGCAACGAUUUGUUCGUUAAACAGUUGUUGGGCUGACGGCGGGCUGGGUCCGCGUUGUCUCCCGAAAAUACAAUAAUAUUUUGUAUUCGGUAUCGCGUAACGACAGAAUGAUCUGUUACCGUUAGUUUUCAAAUUGAAUAAACUGUCUUGAAAUCAGAAAGAUGGUAGUCGUGUUGAAUAAAGUGCUCACAAAUUCGGUUCAAUUUCUGUACCCAAACUUAUUCGUCGGAGAAAAAUGAUGAAACACAGGAAUCUAAGAAAGUGUCGGACGAAUUUAAAUGGCAGUGGAAUAGAAUGCGAAGAAUGUUUAAAUACGUGUCGAGAUCGAUUAACAUUAAUGAACACUCGAUUGAAUCUUAAUGAGUAUCGAUUCAUCGGUGAUUACACUUACUUGAAGGAGAUCUUAGGUUACUUUCCGGUACCCCUUCGACGUAUUUAAGCACGUCAUCCACCGAGUCCAUGUCGUUCAGUUUCUGCGCGAUCUCCAGCAUUUGCUGAAAAACAAACAACAAAUUAUGUUUGGCAUCGGUAGGAGAAUCGCUGGAAAAUUCUCUCGCUCGCUCGCGUACCGCGGCGUUAUCGCUCGGCGGUCUAAUCGAAAUCGGUAACACAGAUAAUACGUGGAUUCGGGGAAUCGAUCCGGAAGAUAUCGGUUAAGAGUUGAACAAAAGAUCGUACAUAUUGGUAGGCGAUUGUAUUUCUUCAGCUUCGCGCGUAUAUUAGCGUGUUAGCUAAUCGUUCGAGUUUGGUAUGCGCUCCUCGGAUGCAGAAACAUUUUUCCUAAGAAGAACGUGUUAAUCAGCCGCUUUUAAGCCUGUUUUGCUUAAGAAUUCCGACGGUUUGUCAUCCGCAUCGUUAAUUCCUAAGUUCAAAAGACGACGAGGCAUGUGUUCAGGUGUACCGCGUUUGCUUCCAGCAACGAACCUUUCCUCUCUUAUCCGAAAUCGACCGCAGAGUAAACACAUCGUUCAAAAAUAUUUGAUCGUUUUAAGAUAACCUUGCUGCAGAGAACAAAAUAGAAAAUUAUUAUUAACUCACCAUUACUAUCAUCUAAUUUCCACGAUGACUAUAUUCAAGCAACGCAUUUGAAAACAAGAACUUUUCAAACUACCUACUUCAUACCAUUGUACACAUAGAAACUCUAAAGAAUAAAAAAAAUUGAUUAUCAUUAACCAUUACUAUUCACUAGUGUCAAUCUACAAAAUAUCCUCAACAAUCAAUGCAUUUCGAAACGAGACUUAUCGAUCAGCCCGAUUAUCUUAGAACAACGCACGUUGAAACUCUAGAGGAAAAGCGGUCG